AUGGCCGCUCACAGCGACAUAAUGCGUGGAGGAGACCAAGGGCAGCAGGCGCUAUCACUAACGCUAGACAACGUGCGGGGCCUGACGGCCGUGCUGCAGGCAAUAAAGCCCGGCAGCAAGCAGGUGUGCAGCGUGAUCGUGGACGGCGAUGGGCUGUCCAUCCGCUGGGAGGACGACUCGAAGACUCUGCAGUCAUGCGUGUACCUCCGGUCAGAGCUGUUCUCAUCGUACGACAGCCCCGCAGAGCAGCAGGUCUUUGGCGUGCAGUUCAGCCAGCUGGUGGACACCCUCAGCACGUUCGCGUGCGCGUCUGACGCCAACAGCUUGCAGCUGCUCUACCCAGGGCCCGAGGGCGAGCUCGUGCUGCAGAUGCGCGACGACCCCCCGCCCCAACCCGCCGCCCCCGGCGCGCCGCCGGUGGCGCCGCCCGCGGGCGUGCCGUCGCUCUCCAUGUACGCGCGCGUGUCGUGCCUGGAGCAGCCCGUGCCGCGCGACAUCACCGAGUACUGGGCGGACCCAGUCUCCUACUUCCUCAUCAGGGGCGCCCUGCUCAAGGAGGCGAUUGAUGACCUGGAGUGGCCCAACGGGCCGGUGGUGCUGUCCAUGCAGCGGGACCCGCGCCGCAUCACCAUGAGGGCCACCGGCACGUCUGGCUCCCUGGAGGUGGAGCUGCCCAUUGUGGAGCUGAUGGGGUUCAGCGCCUCCUGCCAGAUUGUGACCCACACCUACGCCUACCGCAACCUGCGCGCCGCGUUCAGCAACAUCCCCUCAAACACCAAGGGGGACGCACGCAGCAUAUCGACCAAGGUCAGCAUCGACGCCAGCGGGCUGCUGAAGGUGACUCACAUGAUGAGCAUCCUGGGCCGCCAGGGCGGAGGGGGCGGCGGCGGCGGCGGGGCGCGCUUUGGGGGAGGGGACGGCGGCUACGGCCAGCCGUCGUUCCAGGGCGGCAGCCUCAUGCAGACGCAGGGCGGCGCCGUGGACCCCGCCAGGGUGGGCCGCGUGCAGUUUGUGUCUGUGCCGCAGCUGGACGAGAGCGAGGAGGGGGACGGAGGCGAUGAUGGAGGGGACGGGACCGGCCUAGGGGAUGGCGGCGGCGGCGGGGCGGGCACACUGUGA